AACACUAAAUCAUGUCAUGUGCGACCAUCAAGUACACUGUCCUCGGGUGCAAAUUGUUAUUUGCACUGCUGAUAGUGUCAUCUCUGGUAGAGCUUUUAGAAGCUCGCACGCAUACUGAAUAUUACGACAUAUUGGGUGUAUCACCUAAUGCAUCAGAAAGAGCUAUACGCAAGGCAUAUCAUAAAUUGUCAGCCGAGUGGCACCCCGAUAAAGCUCAAAACGAGGAGGAGCGUAAAAUUUUUCAUGAGAACAUGAUAAAAAUCAACAAAGCAUUUGAAACCCUGGUUGAUCCGGAGAAGCGCAGCCGAUAUGAUCGAUAUGGUGAAGAUAUGGAGGGGAAUUCAGGUUACGGUGGACGCGCUAUGAGUUUUGAAGAUUUAAUCAACCAAGUUUCAUUGUUUUCAUUUGGCGGACAUGGCUUUGGCGGACACGGUUUUGGUGGGGGGGCCGGACAGACUUGUAUGCAGACGACAACUUGUAAUAAUGGCAUAUGUACAGUUCGUACUAUUUGCCAGUAAUCUCACUCUCUGGUCUUGUUAUUUCAAGACUUUGAAACUGAUAUCAAGGGGUUUGCAAUGUUGCUUGUACCAUCUUCUAUCAUUCUCCCAACUUUUCAUGCGUAUUCAAACCAUGUUAUGUCAAUAAUCAUGACCUGUGUUGCACCGCGAUACUAAGCAUAUAUAAGAAUUUUAUGGUGAAUGAAUCUAAGGGGAUUAUUAGCUGCUCAUGACA